CCAGAGAGAAGAGGGGGGCUUUAGCUACAAGUUUACUGCUGGCUAAUGCCAAAAUGAUUAACUCUGGGGUCAAGUAGAACAUUCUUCCUGCAUCAAGUCCCUUUCCAUGCUAGUCCAUCCUAUAUAGGAAGCCACAGUGAUUUUCUCUAAGUGCAGACCUGAUUGCAUUACUCAGUAAGCCUCAGGGGCUUGGUACUGAUUCUAGCAUUCAAACUCUUUUGCUUCGAUUUAAAACUCUCCAUCUCCCAUUUGUUUUCAGGUUCCUAAGACAUUCUUCCCUCUCCCACACUCUGGGAUCUAGCCAAAUUAGCUUUCCCUCUGACACAUACAUCUCAGGAUCUUGCCCUGCCAGGGUUAGAAAUUUACUCCUUCCUCACUACCACUUUUUUUCUUCAAAAUACAGCUCAAAUACCACCUUCUUUAGGGAUGGAUAAACCAUGGCCCUCAAUGACACAUUUUAAAAUAAAAUUUUAUUUUAUUUAAAUCUUUGUUCCCAAGCUACAAACAUAGGAUUUGACCUUGGCUUUACUUUGCUGAUCUGUUCUACAUGAAGCUUUUUCUUCUACCCAAAUUGCUGGUUUCCUCCCUUCUAAGCCACUUUUAUUUAUCUACUCUGUACUUAACUAUGUUAUUCUUUAUAUAUAUAUCUUCUGAAUAUACUUAUAUUUGUAUUAGUCUCCUAGACAAGGUACUGUUUCAUUUCUUUGACAUUUGUAUCCCCUGUGCCUAGCAAAAUACCUAGGAAACAAUAGGUGCUUUAUAAAUGCUUGCUGACUGGUAUAGCUAGAAAGAUUAAGGGUCUGAUACAAUACAAAUACAAUACAAAACCAAAAUUUUAAACUUUACCUAAUAAUUGCUUAAGAUUUAAUAAUAGGAUCACAUGAAAAGGAAAAAGGAAAAAAAAGAUCUUUUAUAGUUGCGAGAAAGAAGGGGGUGGUGAGCAUUGUUUGAAUCUUAAUCUCAUUGGAUUUGGUUUAGGAAGGGAAUAUCAUACAUACUUAGUUUGGUAUAGAAAUUGUCUCAUCUCAUAGGAAAGUAGGAGAGGAAUGGGGAAAAGAAAGGGGGAGGUUAGCAGAAGGGAGGAUAGAAGUAGAAGGGGAAAGGAAAGGGGGGCUGAAAAAAUGGAGAGCAGAUUGAGGGAGGUAGGGAGUCAGAAGAUUUAGUAGUAGAUACACAAAUAGCUCUUUGAAGAGUUUACUCUCAAUUGCAAUGAUUUACUUUUAUCAGACAUCAGGUAGCUACUUCAAAGAUAAAGCCUGACAUUUCCUUAUAAAAGAGAAAAAUAACAUUUAAUGUUACAAGGUUAUGUAAUUUUAUCUGCACCGAUGCUCUUGAGUGAAUUUCUAUUUUGGUCUUUCAGUUACAUCUGCAGCUACUCUCUUGUAUUUUUGGCAGCAAUAAGCAUAUUUACAAGGUUUUAAUUUUUUUCAAAUGAGAUGCUACUCUUUCAAAUCCAUUUCCCAAAGAACUUGGGUCCUUAGGAUGUAUAUUAGCAUGGAACAAUAAGACAAAAGUGUUCCAAGUCUUCCUGGAGUUAGUUUUCCGGAAGACAGAAAGAAAAAAAAAUCAGAUGUAAACGAAGGCUCCCUUGGCUAAGAAACCGAGAGGCGGGGAGUCAGACUGAGAACAAAAGUAAAAUGAAUUAGACCAAACUGACUUUAGACUUCACAGUCUCUGCAUGAGUCUACACUCGGCUGCUCUCCAGAACAGAUUGUGGCCAUGGAUCAGCCAAUGGAUUACUAUUAUGAUGAAAAUGAAGUAAAUGGCACUCAGGAUUAUAGUCAGUAUGAAAUACUCUGUGUCAAAGAGGAGGUCAGAAACUUUGCCAAGGUAUUCUUGCCAACCUUUUACACAGUGGCUUUUAUUGUUGGGAUUGCAGGAAAUUCCACAGUGGUGGCUAUCUACGCCUAUUAUAAGAAACAGAAAACCAAAACCGACAUGUAUAUCAUGAAUCUGGCAGUGGCCGAUUUGCUUCUGCUCAUCACCUUGCCAUUUUGGGCAGUUAAUGCAGUGCACGGAUGGGUACUAGGGGUACCAAUGUGCAAACUGACGUCAGCCUUAUUCACCAUAAAUUUUGUCUCUGGGAUGCAGUUUCUGGCCUGCAUCAGCAUAGACAGAUACUCUGCAAUCACUAAAGUCCCAGGGCAUCAAAGAGCAGGAAGACCAUGUUGGAUUAUUUGUGUCGUUGUCUGGAUCACUGCAAUAUUGCUGAGCAUACCUCAACUGGUUUUUAACACAGUGAAUGACAAGAAGAGAUGCCUGCCCAUAUUUCCACACCACCUAGGAAUAACAAUGAAAGCAUCAAUUCAGAUCCUGGAAAUUUGCCUAGGGUUUGUAUUACCCUUUCUCAUAAUGGGAGUUUGCUAUUCUAUAAUUGCCAGGAUACUCAUCAAGAUGCCCAACAUGAAGAAAUCUCGGGCCCUCCAGGUUCUACUCGCAGUUGUGGUUGUUUUCAUUGUUACUCAGCUGCCGUACAACAUAGUAAAGUUCUGGCAAGCCAUCGACAUCAUCUUUUCGCUGAUUACUGACUGUGAAAUGAGUAAGCGCAUGGAUGUGGCCAUCCAAAUCACAAAGAGCUUGGCCCUUUGUCACAGCUGUCUCAACCCAAUCCUAUAUGCUUUUAUGGGAUCCUCUUUUAAAAUGCACAUUACCAAAAUGGUGAAGAAAUAUGGCUACUGGAGGAGACAGAGACAAAAUCCAGAAGACAUCCCUUUUGAUUCUGACGGUCUCACAGAACCAACAAGUACUUUUAGUAUCUAGCAGGUAGACUGAUUUCUUUGUUCAGUGGGGUGCAUGAUGCUGCUCAAUGGAUUCUAAUAUGGGAGAAUAUAUCUGCAUUUAUCAGAGAUUUAAAUUUCAGUGUGGGACACUAAGCCAUAUAUCUAGAUAACACAUAACAACAUGAGUGACAUUCCCCCAUGUGACCUCAAAAAAAUCUAGUACAUUAGAAUUAAAACAAUAAUGACAACUACAAGAAGUGGAAAGGAAGGAAUCCCAACAGAAAAAACAGUAGAAACUUAGGAAAUGCAAGCAAAGAAACUCCUAAGGCAAUAAAAGACAUAGUAAAGGGUAAGAAAAUGUUACAAAUAAUCUCUGACUGCAGAGAAUAAUUCUGUAACAACUUGAAUCAAAGAAAAUAUACUAACCAAUCCUAAAAACUGUUGGAAGACUUAGUAAAAGAAUCAAAGCAAGAGAUAAAGAGGAAGAUUGAGACUCUCAAAGAAAACCCAAGAAUAAGAAUGGGUGACUCAAAACAAAAGGCUGAAAAACCUUGAGGAGACACCUAGUAGGAGUAGUAGGAGACAUCUAGAAAAAUAAUAGACAGCCUUGAAAAACUCAGUAUUCUAUACAAAGAGGAUGCAGGUGAACAUGGAACCGGAUAGCACUUUAUGUACAUUAGAUAUAAAUGUAAGGGAGAGCUAGUGGACAAUACAAAUCAAGACUAAGCAGGAGGUCUACCAUCCAUCCCAUCCUACUGUACAGGAACAGUCAGAUUCUAGCCAUGAUAAAAAGUCCUAAUUUAGAGAGGAAAGCUUGAAAUAUGAAUAAACAGAAGAAAACAUGUAUGACAAUAACAAUAAAAAGGACUUUCACUAUACAAAUCUAGAGGAAGAGACUAGGUUUACAGUGUCUACAGGCAGGAUUUUAGAUAGAAAUAUAAUUGCCCACAAGAUCUAAUAAAAUUUCUAGACAGGAUAAGACAAGAAAUAAACAAAAUAUUUAUAAAUUAAAUUAUAGCUCUAGAAGAACAAAAAGAAGAAUAAGUUUAAUAUAGGAGAGAUGAAAUUUCUUAUAUAAGUAAUAGACCUCUUGGAAAUGACAAUAUACAAAACAGAAAUAAGUAUCUAUAGGAGACAAUAAGAAAUAUUAAAACAAGAUGAAAGGAAUAAAAAGAGGAAAAAAUAAGGUAUCUUCUAAUUAAAACAACUCACCUAGGAAACAGAUCAUAAAGUUAAUCUAAGAACAAUCAGAUUAAAAACAAUGAUAUUUUAUUAAAAUAUUUUAUAUUUUUAUAAAGAGAUAUUUUAUUAAAAGAAAUCACAAAUGAAAACCACCCAAGUCCCUGAGAACCACUCACCUCCUGAAAGAAACCCACAAAUGAAAAUGCUCAAAAACAUUAUGGAUCAGGUCCAGAGGAACUAUGAUCAGGAUCAUCCAAGAUUUGGCAAUUACAAAAAUAAAGGUCAGAAAAGCUUCAAAUAUGAUAUUCUAAAAGGCAAAAGAUAAAGACUUAAAAGAAGAACAAUUAUCUGGCAAAACUGAAUAUAAUUCUACAAAUAAAAAUGGAUUUUUAAUGAAUUAGAAGGCUUCCAAGCAUUCUUGAUGAAAAGACAAAAACAAUCUCUAAAAACACUGAAGUCUAGAGAAACUGAGGAAGAUAAAUACACUGGGGCAAUUGGAAGGGAAUAUAUGAAAAAAUGUUUGCAUUUUAAAGGGAGGAGAAAAAAUAUUUACUUAGAAUCCUAAUGUCUUCAAAAAAUAAAAAAAAAGUUAAAUAAGA